CAAUUCUCUACACAAUUAUACGCACUCCAUACAACUGUGGAGUCGUGAAUAACCCUCACACACACCGUUUCAAUCACGUGAACCCUCUAACACUACACAAACCGCACAUACGCAACUCUUGUGGCUGGUCCAUUAAGUUGCGGUGUGUACUCCAUACAUCCUGCAGUACUUCGCCCACUAUCUCCAACUUCAUUCGCUCUUCGUUGGUCCAUUACAAGGCUGGCCCAGUUGUUCUUCGCCCAGCCUUCUCCCCCCAUCCCCGCAACCGCCGCUUGAUUCGCUCCCGUCGACCAUGACAGGACCACUAGGGCACCACGCCAGUGACGAGCACUAGCAACUGGAUGCCCGAUCUGAAGCUAAGCCAAGUCACACCUAUAACGACCACUACUACUCCAACUCAACUUCAUCCUUCCUUCCUCCAUCAACACACAAAACAACAUCACCACAACAGCUACACAAACAUACAAUCACGAACAAACCCAGCUACAGCUUCACCCACUGCUCAUCCACCUUCUCGCCAGCUCCAUCACCACCCACCAAGCAGCCCAUGCGCACCACAACUGCCGCAACCCGCUCCGCCUAAGCGCCUACCCGUCUCCUCCACACCCGGCCUCUCGAUCGCCGAUGCCACACCCCCCACCGACAUAAUGCCAUCAUCCCUCGCCGCCGACGCCGCCACCGAGCCCAGCGAGCGUCCCUCCGAGCGCCGCGCCCGCGAAAAACGCGAACGCGACCCCAACAAGCCCAAGAAACCUCGCUCCUCCAAGCCCCGACCUAUCGACCCGGAGACGGGACUGCCGGUGCGGAGACGCAAGCGCGAGAAGGAGAAGGAGGGGCAGGGCGACAUUAAUGCAGAGUCAGAGCCCAGUGCGUCGAUGGCGGAUCUGGUCCCGGAGCUGUCGAGGACGGCGUCGGCGCCGGGAGCAAGCAGGGAGAGCUUGCCGUAUCCAAGUUUAAGUAAGGCGCAUAGUAAGGAUGCGGUGUAUAGCAGGGUAGAUUUGAAUAAACCGGAUGUGUAUACGCCGGAGCCGACGGAUAUUGAUGCGCACAAGGCGAGGGGGUCACAGGAGAGUUUAAAGUCGAAGGGUGCGAGGGGAUCCCAAGAGAGUUUGAAGGCUAAGGGAGCGAGGGGGUCGCAGGAGAGUCUGAAGAGGGAUGGGCCGCUCACACCGCCAGAUACGGAGUUGUCGGCGCAGAGGAAGAGCAGCACGUCGACACCGACAAGAGCGGCCAAGAUCAGGGAGGAAGAGGCGAAGGGGUCAAGGCCGAGCUCGCGAGGGUCAGAGAGAUCGUGGUUUGGACGGCCGAAGGUUAUUAGGGAUGACCGGUCGAAGGUAUCUACGAAAUCGAAGGACUCGAGAGGCACGGCGAGGAAGUCGUCGAGGCCUAGGGUUGAUGUCGUGGAGGUCGUGGAGGUCGUGGAGGACGACUAUCUCAGCGAUGAGGGACAGUCGAGGUCAGGAUUCGAUUCGAACGCCACAUCUGUUGCUCCAAAGCGUACACAACCCCAACAAGUCGCAGCGGGAUCUGGAGGACGACCACCAGGUCUAGAUACCGACUCAGGGCAGAGCAACCGCGAGUCCGCAUCUCCACGCACACCCACAGCAACACCAAAAUUCGACGCCCACGAUCCCAAGAACUUCGCACGCGACUUCAGACCCACACCUUCACCAUUUGUGAAUUUCGAGGCUCCCGGCGGCCAACAACAAUCCAACUUCGACUCACCCCUUCCCCCGCCCCCACCACCACCACCCAUGGUCCCCAUCAACAUCCCCCGCGUCGACUACCUGAUGCAAAACGGCGGCCUCCCCCGCCCCAUCCCCAAAGUCCUCCUCGCCGUAACCCCCUCCCACACCACCACCGCCUACCCCGGCCGCGCCUCCGUUCCCCCCCCUCCAGACAUCGAAAAGGUCUUCGGCCCCUUCUACAGCCUCCUCGACCAAUACGAGACGGUGCUCGACAAAAAUGGCUCUGUGGCUGUGGCAACAGGCUAUCGCUCCAUCGCGCGCAAACUCCUCGACCGCCUUGAAAACGUCUUCGCCCGCGAACUCUCCGCCGAAGGAUGCACGUGCAUAAUGUGCUCCUCCGACCCCGACGCGCGCCUCUACCACUCCCGCGCCCUCGGCUGGGGCGACGUUCUCGAAUGGGUCAGCGGCCGCCGGAGUCUCCCCCCCUACCCCGCCUUCGAUUUCGGCGCCACGGCAACGGGGCUGGGUCUCUCCCCCCUCACCGACGAUGGUCGUCCUUCCUCGCCCCAGAAAAUCGACCCGGACAUCGCUGAGGAGUACCGCGAGCAUUAUCUCCGACAGAGUAAGAAAACCAAAGCGGUAGUCGAUAAAUGGCUCUCCGCCACCCCCGGCACCGCCGCUCCACCCCCGCCAGAUAUCGACGACGACACUCUCUCCUUCACAAUCCUCACCCACCUUCCCUCCUCCUCCCGCCCCAUCUUCUCCGCCCUCCUCGCCGGCUCCGCCACCGUGCCCACAACGCGCUCUCCCACCCCAGCGCCAAAAGUCCGCUCCGAAUUCAUCGCCAAGACAACCCUCGCGAUCCAGCGGCUCUACCGCCUCCCAACCGCGCCACGCGAUCCAGAAGCUGCGAUUUACCUCCUCCAUAACCCAUCACUGCAUCACCUGCUUACUACGCUGUCGCUUAUCAAUACUGCGGAGUGGGAAAUCCUGAUUUCGGGACGCUUUGAUGGGUUUCUCUGGUCUGGCGCGGAUCUAGACGCUUCUGCGAUGUCCUCUCCUCCUUCUGAUCCCAACUUCCCCUCCCCGCCCUCCCGCGGCCCAACGCCCUCCUCUGCCGCUCCUCCAUCCCGCGGUCCCACGCCAGCGGGUCGGUACCCAUUCUCCCCCCCUCCUCUCAGGAACGCAUUCGACACCUCCCCGCCUCCAAGUCGCAACCCAACACCAUCAGCCUUCCCACCACCAAGCAUCCCCGGCACCCCCUUCCAAGGCGGUCGCCACCCCGUCUCCAGCGACGAAGACGCCGAGAUCGCCGUCCUAGCCGAGAUAGAACGCGAUAUCUACGCUGGCAUGGAAGCACUCGAAGACGCCUUCGAAGCACUCCACCGCAAAGCCGAGGUCGUGCGACAAGCGCUCCGUCAACGAGGCGCUGGGUUAGCGAUGGCUGCGCAAUCUCGUCGUGGCGGUGUCGGGAUAGGAGUCCGCGCUGCUACGCCUGGUGGGGAGAGUGCGGCGGGUGGUUGGGGUGGUGGUGGUGGUGGAGGGGGGUGGCAGGGAGAGGAAAGCGAGAGUGGGAGUGAGUGGGCGGAAGAGGAGAUCGCGCCGGAUGAUAGUGCGAGUAAUAUCUCGAGUUCGAGACAUAGGAGGCCGAAGAGGAGGAAUGAGAGGAGGACGCCGGCGUUGGUGGAGGAGGAGGAGGAGGAGUGAGGGGAGCUUGUUAGUUGGGAACUUGAUUACACCCCCCCCCUCAACUGAGUGCAUAUACUACUCGACUCCUGAUUAUUUGCUUUUUGCUUUUUGCUAAAUCUACGAAACUUGCACGACGCGGUGUUCGGGGUGUUUUUGCUUUUGUCUCGGAGAUUUGCUUUGCUUUGCUUUUGCUUUUACGAACAGCCAUCUAAAGGCUAUCUUGCUAGUUUCUCUUUGUCUUUGUCUUUGAGCAUUUUACGGUGUGGUAUAUGUCGAUCUGGACUGGCUGGAGAGCUGCAUGCAUUAUGAGGGGAUUACAGUACAGUGUGAGGGAAGGAGUUAUAGUAUUUACGAGUACCAGGAUGGAUACAAUGAGGGAGAGAGGGGGUAGGAUAUGCAUGAUAACGGACAGACAGACAGAUGGAGUGAUGGUGGGAUGGAUGGAUGGAUGAAUAGGAUGCGAUGACAAGGUGCGACUGUACUCUAGUAUACGAGAAUCAGAUCGAUGAUUGAUAGAAGAAAUGCAUAC